AUGAUGCAAGAGGCUGACUACCCAGAUGAAACCAAAAGUCAAUUUCUCACUUUUUACCGCAAUACCAUUUGCCCUUUACUUGCUACCAAGCCUCGCCCUGACUCUCGGCCAACGGCAGUCGGCUGGGAUGGCAAUCCUUUCGAAUACAGUUUCGAGUUUAAGGCGUCGACCAAGAAAACAGGCGUGCGAUUUGUGCUAGAUCUUAGCGAAUAUCGUCCUCCUAACUUGGAAAACCCAUUGAGUUUGGAGACUGUAGAAAAGGUGCUUGACGUUUUAUCCGCCAAGAGUCCUCUCUAUGAUGAUCAUUGGCACCGAGCACUCGAGCGGUGGUUUGCCUACUCCAAUCGAUCAUCCGAGAGGCAGAAAGAGUUGGUGGCCAAAGUCGGCUACCAAACGCCAACCAUCCUAGGCUUCGACAUUAACCCUAAGAUUACUAAAUUGGCUCCCCACAUGCUUCCAGUCAUGGUAAAGAGCUACUUCCCUCCGUGUUUUGUGUCCGCAGACCGAGGUUUUUCGAGAUUCCAGUCUCUCGCCUUGGGUGUACGACAGCUGCCUGAUGUGGGCUGCCAUCCGAACAUUCUGCUAGGUCUUAAGAUGAUUGAAGAUUUCGUUGCCGAUAACCCGCAGUACGAAAACUGCGGACGUGGACUAUCAACUGAUUUUGUGCCUGCCGGAAAGGCACGUCUCAAGGUGUACCUGCGUUACUGGGGCGACUCGUUUGAUGAAAUCUGGGACUACUAUACAUUGGGAGGCCGCAUUCCAAUCGCUGACAUUGAAAACGAUAAAGAAAUCAUGCGUGAACUGAUUGCACUCUCGCGUGGAUCCGAGUAUUCAGCUGAGAAGAUUAGGAAAGAAUCCGAGCAAGAGAAGAAGCGUCGAGCCAUCUUUGGCACGAAGCCAACUUCUCUCUAUUUCUCGCUCACGCCUGAUAAGCCAUAUCCAAUCCCCAAGCUCUACUUCUAUCCUGCCUACCAGGCGCCAAAUGACGAAGCGAUUGCCCAAGGUAUCGAUAUCUGGUUCAAGAAAUGGGGCUGGUAUGACGGCGGUAGUUCCCUCGAACAAAAGGUUCAAAAUGUCUUGUAA